CAUGGCUUCGGUGUUCACGUGCGGGGUUGAAGACCUGCUGUUUAGCGGCAGCCGCUUUCUUUGGAACUUGACGGUCUCGACGUUGAGGAGGUGGUACACACAGAGAGUGAGGGGUUGCCACCAAGCUCUGAGGACAUGGUGCGGGAUAAGCGACGUUUAUCAGAUGACAGAAGGGAGACACUGCCAGGUACAGCUGCUGGAUGACAGGAAGUUAGAGCUGCUGGUUCAGCCUAAACUUUUGUCUCGGGAACUGUUGGACCUGGUGGCUUCACAUUUCAACCUCAAAGAAAAGGAAUAUUUUGGGAUAACAUUUAUAGAUGAUACAGGUCAGGCUAUCUGGCUACAGUUGGACCACAGAGUUCUGGAUCAUGACUUGCCCAAGAAACAAGGUCCGGCCACUUUGUACUUUGCAGUUAGAUUUUACAUUGAAAGUAUUUCCUUUCUGAAAGACAAAACUACAGUAGAGCUCUUCUUCUUGAACGCCAAGUCCUGUGUGCAUAAGGGGCACAUUGAAGUGGAAAGCGAGACAGUCUUCAGAUUAGCUGCUUUGAUUUUACAGGAAGCUAAAGGGGACUAUUCCAGUGAUGAAAAUACAAGAAAAGAUCUAAAAACUUUGCCUGUCUUUCCUACCAAGACGCUUCAGGAACACCCAUCUCUCGGCUAUUGCGAGGACAGGGUCAUUGAACAUUACGUCAAAAUUAAGGGGCUGACCAGAGGACAAGCCAUUGUUCAGUACAUGAAAGUGGUGGAAGCUCUGCCUACUUACGGAGUCCAUUAUUAUGGAGUAAAGGAUAAACAAGGAAUCCCAUGGUGGCUUGGAAUCAGUUAUAAAGGAAUUGGCCAGUACGACUUACAAGAUAAGGUCAAGCCGAGGAAAUUAUUUCAAUGGAAACAACUAGAGAAUCUCUACUUCCGUGAGAAGAAAUUUGCCGUGGAAGUUCAUGACCCUCGAAGAAUUUCAGUAUCAAGAAGAACUUUUGGACAGAGCAGUCUUGUGGUGCAAACCUGGUAUGCGAACGCUUCUCUGAUCAAAUCCAUCUGGGUUAUGGCAAUUAGUCAACAUCAAUUUUACCUGGACAGAAAACAAAGUAAAGCAAAAAUUCCCUCGGCCAGAAGCUUGGACGAUAUUGCCAUGGACUUGACGGAGAUGGGAACACCAAAGGUUUCGAAACUAGCAACUCUGGAAGUAAAGAAUCAAUUAAUUAUGGCUAGCAAUGGCAGCUUAAUCUCUUCAGGGUCUCAAGAUUCAGAGGUCAGCGAUGAGCUGAAAAAAGAGAAAAUUGCAGAGCUGAAAAAGAAAGAGCAGCUUUUACAGGAGAAGCUGCUGCAGAAAGUGGAAGAACUGAAGAAGAUCUGUCUGCGAGAGGCGGAGCUCACUGGGAAAAUGCCCAGGGAGUACCCACUGAACACGGGAGAGAAACCCCCUCAGGUCAGAAGGCGUGUCGGCACCUCGUUCAAAUUGGACGGCAGCCUGCUUCCCAGCGAGGAGGACCCAGCCCUGCAGGACCUGGAGAACAACUUUCUCAUUCAGCAAAAGCUAGUGGAAGCCGCAAAGAAACUUGCCGGCGAGCCGGACCUGUGCAAAAAUGUGAAGAAGAAAAGGAAGCAGGAGUACACGGAAGCGGUGAAGAAACUUCAGGAGAUUGAAAAUUCCAUCAAUGAGUAUAGGAUUAAAUGCGGGAAGAAACCUGCUCUGAAAUCAACCCCAACCGUAACAGAUGACAUAAUCCCAUCCGAGAGCAGCUCUUUAUCCGAUACAACAACAUGUGAAGAUGGCAGUGAUUCCCUUGCUCUGCCAGGCCAAAGAACAAACCAUGUGCCCUUUUCUCCAAAAUCUCCACCCCCAAAAUCUCUUGGAGUGGAGAGGAUUCAUCUCAGGAAGUCUUCCAUGAAUGAGCCAUUCCUGGAAUCAAGACACUCCAGAGACGCCUUGUCGACGCACAGCAGUCCGUACAGAACAGUGGAGAGGCAGAACCACGGUGGGAGGAGCAUGCCUACGACGCCGGUUCUCACUCGCAACGCAUAUAGCAGCACUCACUUACAGCCAGAUGUUUCCCCUCAGCACUGCAGGCAGCGGAGUGGCAGCUUGGAGUCUCAAACCAACUUGCUGUCCGAGACGGCCAGCGAAAAGCCGUUGUUCACCCUUUCGAAAUCCCAAAGAAGCAGCAGCACGGAAAUCCUGGACGAUGGAUCGUCCUACACCAGCCAGUCGAGCGCGGAAUACUGUUGCGUGACCCCAAACCCUUACUAUACUGCCCAGACUCUUGACAACCGGACGAGAAACAGGAGGCGCUCAAAGAAGCCGAACAUUUCCGCUGCCAAUUCAGGAAGCAUGCCAAACCUAGCCCCGAAAGAUGUCCGCAAUGGCGUUUAUCCAAAAAAUCAAGCGCAGCCAUUGGCCAACAGCUAUAUUUCUGGCUAUGCCCCUUACACAGAAUAUGAUAUGUACUGUAAUGGUGGCUACAUGUACGAGAAUGGCACAGAGGGGCAAUACACCGUCAACCCUUCCUACCGUUCAUCGGCACACUAUGGAUACGAGCGCCGAUAUCGUGAAUUCAGGUCCUUCCACGAGGAUGAGAUGGAAAGAGUGCCACACAGCCUUUACGCCACCCUGCGCCUGCCCCGGAAGCAGUCUGUGAAAUCUGAGCACAUCACCAAAAACAUUCACAAGGCCUUAGUUGCAGAGCAUCUUCGUGGUUGGUACCAGCGUGCCUCUGGUCAGAAAGACCCAGCUCUUGGCCUGCAGGCAGGCUUUGAUGACCGAGGAUCGCAGAGGAGCCUGGGCUUUGCCGGACUGCAGGUACCGUGUUGCCCGAGCAGCCGCGCAUCGUCGUUCUCAUCAGCAUCUUCUACAAAUGCCUCUGGGAACUGGCGGAAUCAGAUCGCACUUUCCGAUUACGACACGCUGUCUCAUUCCUCAUACGCUAGCUCUUACGGGACUAUGUAUGGCUCUCAUCCACUGCACAGCAGGAUGUAUGCUGAGAUGAGCCAGCUGAGCAGUGGCGAUCGGAACCCGUUGGAAGGCGACUUGCAAGGCAGCGAACAGAGACUGUUCUGGCACGAGGACUCCAAACCUGGGACUUUAGUGUGACUCUGCCCUC